CGCAGCGAGAUGUCCUUCCGGUCCGGCUUGUGGCAGUGUGGCGAUCCAGGGAGACUCCAGUAUGGACCAUCCUAAUCCGUAGUCCGGAGAGCGGCUUUUUCAGUCUCGCUUCCUGUUGAAGGCGAGCGUUGCAAUCACACCGUCACGGCUUAGUUACUUUGAGACGAGUCUCGUUCAUUACUACGGAAAACACAAACAAAAAAUAUAGCUACAACUGUGCAGCAAGACACUCUGCCAGCGAGUCACCAUGAAGAUCGGAAGCAGCAACAUGGGUGAGAAUCUGCGCACAGGUCUCAUGUUCAUUGCCCUAGUGGCGUUCCUCACCGCCUUUGGCUUCUGCGUUAUGAGCACCACGACCAGCGAUUGGUAUGUGGACAAAACGCACACGAAUGUUACAGCAUCGCCGCCCGACAAUAUCGUCAACCGUGGUCUGUGGCAGUGGUGCGACUACGAUGGAGUGUGCGCCGAAAUUCCAGACGAAGAUUACCUUCGCGCCGUGCGAGGAUUCUCCAUUCUAUCGCUGAUCGCCGCUCUGGUUUCGUUGGUCCUGUCACUGCUGGCCGUCAACGAGGAUGGAACUAAAUUGAAGUUGGCGGCGGCCCUGGCCGUCUUCAUCACUGCACUGUUUCAACUCAUCGCAAUGGCCGUGUACACUGGUGUCGUGAUGGACGACGUGGCAGAUUUCAGACACUCCAACUGGGGAUAUUCGUUCGGGCUCGGCUGGAGUGCAGUGGGCUUGUACGCGAUAGUGUCCAUCAUCUACGUUCUGGUGGCGACGGUUCUGCAAGACCAACCGGCCCAGGUGAACUACACCCAUGUCAAGCAGGCAGCCGCCGCUUCUGGUGAUGCGUAAAAUCAUCACGGUCUCAUACGUAACAUUUGAACGGCAUCUGCGUUCGGUGCAUUGACUCUGCUGCUGGCUGUAAUCCUUCCCGUCCUUUCCCUAUUACAAGAACUCACCAGGCCGUUCACUGUCUAUCUGCUCAUGCACCCGAUGUCCACUAACUGCACUCAUUGUGUCUAAUACAGUAUCGGGGGAGAUUUCAUCCAGUAUACCUUUACACAUCUACACGCACUUUUAAGUAUAGUGUAUAGCGAUAGUUGUGCAUACACUAGACCCGUAGAACAGUUUGUCUUCUUUAGUGCGACCAUACCAUAACCUUUCCUCUUUAUCCAAUCUUCUUUUUCUUCCGUGUCUCCCACAGGCGAUUGGCCUUUUUCCAGGGGCCCCAAAGGAGGUUCACAAUUU